AUGUCACUGCAGACACUCAUCUGCCAAUGUUCUCCCUACAAUAUCUGUAAAUUGCAGAUUCAAGACUCCAUCACUGAAAAGUUCGUCUUGCUGCAAGUCAAAAGUCUGCCAGACCUUUUGCAAAGCUCCUCCAUUAUAGGGUCUGCUAUUCAGGAAACAGUGUCUCUCAAUUCACUGGGAUACUCAUUGUCUGCUAUUGAGUCAAUGACAUCAUUCUUAUGGAAUACUACUCAAGGAAAAGAUGUGGUAAAGAUACCACUGAUCACCCAAUCUGCAGAAAACUUAGCUUCCUGUCUUAACAGCUUGCUGAAGGCAGGAGCAGUCAAUACAUCAGAUGUUGGUUCUGAUCUUCAAGAAAAGGGUAAACGUAUAGUCAAGAGAUCCAAGAACGUCAUCAGAUUAGUUGGAGAUGCAGUGCUGGCACUAAGAGUCCCGGAUGAAGAAAUGAUAUCGAUUGAGACAACAGGACUGACCCUGACCUUAGGCCGCCAUAGCCCGGAUAAACUUAAAGGAUUACAAAUUGAAGAAAGAGGUGCUAGAUUUGUUUUGCCGGCUGAAAAGAAAGCAUUGGAGUCCAGCGGAAUACAAGGAGCAAGUUUUGUGGAUACUCAGGUAUGGAUAUUGUAUCAAGCAGCAGAUGACGACGGUCCUGAGCGAAACAAGUUUGUUUUCCUUUUAAACCUGACAUUUCUGAAACAUGUGGUUAGAGAUAAUUCCCUCGACUUCAUCUCGAGAAACACCGAGAAACUUACUGUUGCGCCCGUGACCGGAAAUAAAGAGUACAAUUAGAUAGUCGCUAAACAAAACGUUUUUUA